AUGUCCAGCCUGGGACUCCUGCUCCUGCUCCUGCUUCUGCCACCGCCGCUAUUGCCCUCCUCGCUGCCACCACUGGACACCCCAGAGGGCAAGGCGACCAUCACUGGCCUCAUCCUCUCGUCGCUGGAGAGAGCUACCUCCUUCUUGGAGAAGAGGCUGCCCGAAAUCAACCUGGAUGGCGUGGUGGGGUUCCGGGUGCUGGAAGUGCAGCUAAAAGGCGUUGAGGAGGAGUGGGCCCGGGACCCCUGGCUGCAGCCCCAGAGCCUGCACGUGGGCCGGCUGGUGCGGAGGCUGGAGCCUCUCCUCCGCCGAUCCAUCUCCUACCUCGAGCUGAGUGACCCCCAGUACCUAAGAGAGUUCCAGCCAACCGUCCAGCAUGGAUUUUGGAAGCUCCCACACGCCUGGACGCACACCAACACCUCCAUGGUGUACCCCACGGUCGAGACCCAGGACUCCUUCUCAGAGGAACACAGUGACUUGUGCCUGGUGCAGCUGCUGGGAACCGGGAACGACAGCAGCCCGCCCUGCAGCCUCUCGGACCUCUGCAGGACCCUCAUGACCAGGCCUGGCUGCUUAGGUUACGGCCUGUCCCACCAGCUGCUGUUCUUCCUGUCGGCCAGGGCGGUGAAUGCUGAAGAUGAGGCAGCAUCGAAAGUCAUUCAGCACCAGCAGCAUUAUUUGAAAAGAGUAAAGAGGCGAGAAAAACUAUUUGCAGAUGGCUGCUCCUCCCACAACACAGCCAUGGCCGUGGGGGCCCUGGGAGGCUUCCUCUACGCCCUGGCACAAUACCCGCCAGCGAACAGAGCGCUGUGGCAAGCCACACCGGCACCACCAUCAGCCACUGACACGGAUGGCUCCGUUUCUGCCGCCCCAGGAAGAUGA